GCCACAGUGACGCUGGUGCAUGGGCUGAGCGAGCACAUCGACCGGUACGAGGACCUGGCCAGGGCCUUUGCGCGCGCAGGCAUCCAGGCAUUGGGGUUCGAUCAGCGCGGCUUCGGCAGGACUGGCGAGAAGGACGGCAACCUCGGCCACAACCAGGGCAUCCAGAAUGUCCUGGACGAUGUGGCUGCCAUGAACAAGCGGGCGACAAUCGACGGCGUGCCGCAUUUCCUGUUUGGCCAUUCGAUGGGCGGGUUUAUUUCGCUAAAGUACUGCGCUGAGCGCAACAGUGAUAAGCACGUCAGGGGCGUGGUCUGCUCGGCACCGGCGCUGAGGCCCGGGAAGACCGCGCAGCCGGCCAAGGUCGUCGAGCUUAUUCUCAAGCAGGUGGUCAAAUUCGCGCCGAGCAUCAAGAAGGAGUCAGGCAUUGCCACCGAGCACCUGACCAACAACCAGGCCGAGCUGGACAAGUUCAAUGCGUCGCCGCUGAACCUCUCGUACUGCUCGCUGGGCACCAUGGCCGACAUCUACUUUGGCGGCCUGAAGCUGCUGAAGGAGGCCGCUGCCUUCGCCACGCCCGUGUAUCUGAUCCACGCUGACGGCGAUAUGGCCACCGACUACGAGGGCACAAGGGAGUUUUACAGCAAGCUGCCCGAGCACCUCGACAAGCACUACGAGGAGAUCAAGGGGUGCAAGUACCACGAGAUCCAUUUCCAGAACGACCUUGACAUUGACAUUCCCAAGACGUACACGCAGUGGAUCCUGCAGCGUCUU